UGUCGUAUAAUAUCAACGAAUUUUUAGGAUAAACGUUGACUCUGCCUUAAGGAACUCCUGACAGCAAUAACAGUUGGCAGCAAAUAGACAUAAAGCUGUAGACAUGGCCAGCCCUUCUCCAGCAAAAAAGGCAAAGAAGAGCCAAGAUAACAACAAGUAUAUACCUUGGUUGUUGGCUGCAAUUGCUAAAGUUAAGGGUCAGAAACAAAGACCAAAUGAAUCAAGGAUAUGUCAUGUUAUGACUGUUGCAUAUGGAGUUGCUGAGGAUGAGGCCUUAGCACAGCUUGGAUUAGCAGUGAAAUCAGGUGCUAUUCUGAGACUUGAGUCCAAGGGGAAGUCAUCAUAUAAGGAUCCUGCCGUGCAUGCUGGUGUCAAAGCUGUACCAGUAAAUGUCCAUGAUAUGCGGAAAUUUAUUGAAGAUGCGUUAACUAAAGAUGGAAAAGAGGAUGGGUAUACACUUGAAGAGAUAGAGAGAAAUAUACGCUGUGAUCAUCAAGAAGAUUUUGACCCCAAAACAGAUUUAUCUGUGCAGUUGAAACUGGCUCUUAAGAGGGGAACAUUAAAAGGCAGAUAUAUUAAACAAGGAAGAUUUUACAGAAUGUCACCAAAGACAACAAAAUCUCCAAAGAUUGUGAAAAGAAAGAGGAAAAUUGUAGACCAAGGCAAAGAUGGAAAUGAUGCUGAUAAUGCUGAUAACGAAGAUGAGACAGAGAGCAGUGGAGGAAAAGAUUCACAAACUGAAGACAGUAACGGAGAUAAUGCUGAAAAGAAGACAAAAAGAAAAGUCAAUGAUAAGAAAAUGAAAUCAGAAAAGGUUGAAGGAAAAAGAGGAGUGAAGAGACCGAAAAAAGGUGCUGAUUCUCAAGAAGAAGAGAAUAAAGAUGAAAGCAAAGGAAAGAAGCUAAGACGAGGUAAAAAGAAGGACGGAGAGAAAAAGUCGCUAACAUUAUCUGAUUUUUGUGGGUUUUGCAAAGGAACAAGGGAAAGAAACCGUUACGAUGAUGAGGAGGAUUUGCUCACAUGUUCAGAAUGCGGAAAUAGCGGACACCCAAGCUGCUUACAAUAUUCAAAAGAGCUGACACAAAGAGUCUCUAAGGAGCCGUGGCAAUGUAUAGAGUGCAAGAUUUGCACAAACUGUCAGGAACAAGGAGACGCAGCGAAUUUGCUUUUCUGCGAUGCAUGUGACAAAGGAUUCCACAUGGACUGCCUGGAGCCGCCUCUUGAUGAUAUGCCUACAGGUAGCUGGGUGUGCCUGGAGUGUGACAACGAGCGAGAUGGAAAAAGACGACGCACGAACACGAUAUUAUGCACGCCACCACGAAAGAAAAUACGACAUACGCCACCGGAGAAUGACGACGAAGGAUUGGAUAAAGAAAAUAAUAGUUUGUGUCCUACACCUGGCUGUGACGGGACGGGACAUUUGAGAGGGAAAUAUGCAACACACAGAAGCGUGCUCGCCUGUCCUUCAGCAAAUACGGACACACCCAGGCGACGCCCCCCAAAGUCAAGAACCCCCCAAUCUGCAAAUGAAACAGACACCUCAAGAACACCAAGGCUGCCUCCAGGUGUCACUGAAAAGGACGUCGAUUUGUUCAAAAAAGUUCAGGAACAAGUCAGUUCAGGGGUGCUAAGCAACAACACUGCGAAGACAGCUGUACAGAACCCAAAUGGACGCUACCCCCCGUGCAUCGAAUUUGGCAAAUGGGAAAUCGAUACUUGGUAUUCAUCACCGUACCCCCAGGAAUACGCCAGUGCACCUAAACUUUACCUUUGCGAGUUCUGCUUGAAGUACAUGAAAACUCGGACGAUUCUAAAAAGACAUUUGAUGAAAUGCCAAUGGUCACAUCCGCCUGCGAAUGAAAUCUACAGAAAAGAUGACUUGUCCGUGUUUGAAGUCGAUGGGGCCAUUUCAAAGAUCUACUGUCAGAACUUGUGUCUUCUUGCCAAGUUGUUUCUUGACCACAAAACACUGUAUUACGACGUAGAACCAUUCCUGUUUUACGUGCUGACCAAAAAUGAUCGAACGGGAUCUCAUUUGAUUGGCUACUUUUCAAAAGAAAAAGCUUGCCAGCAAAAAUACAAUGUGUCCUGCAUUAUGACAAUGCCACAGUAUCAGCGACAGGGCUUUGGCCGUUUUCUUAUCGACUUCAGUUAUUUACUGUCAAGAAUCGAGAAACAACCAGGCUCGCCAGAGAAACCUCUGAGUGACCUCGGCUUGAUCACGUACCAGAACUAUUGGAAAAGCAUUAUUGUAGAAUACCUUUACAAAUGCAUGGAUACGAGGACGGUUUCAAUUAAAGGAAUCAGUGAGGCCACUGGUAUGGAUCCUCAUGACAUUGCAGCAGCACUCCAGCAGCUAAAUUUCAUUCAUGUUCGGGAUGGGAAACUGAUAAUUGUUAUAAACGAAAAAGUUAUGAACGAACAUAUGGAGAAAAUACGACUUCAAAAGAGAGUUGCAAUCGACGAGGACAAUUUAAGAUGGACUCCUUUGGUUCAAGUUGGUAAUCCUGGCAACAUCAUGAAGGAUCACGAAUCAAGUCAUAGUGAAGAAGAUGGACCAGAAGGGGACACUAAGGAGGCACAGACUGAGCCGCAGCAAUCAGACGAUGAAGACACUUCUAUAAAGGGAAGAACAAGUAAAAAGAAGUCAAAGAAAACCACGUUGAAAUUUGAUUCAGAGGAAUCUUGUGACGAGAAGGAGCCUAAUGACACGAAUACAUUAGUAAACGGUCACGUAAAAAAUUCAGAUGAAGCAGCUAAUUCUUCUAAGACUGGCGAGGAACUGCAAGGCGAGGCAGCAAAAAUUGAGAAAGAUUUGUAUAAAGUUGGAGACAAAGAUGAGCAAAGCGAACGUUCUGGCAGGAAUCUCAGAGAAAAUUCGGCUCAAGAAAAUCAAUCUGACCUUUGCAAAGAAGACGAAGAACUACAAAAAAUUGUAGCUAGUAGACCAUCUAAUGUUGAAAAUAUAGAAAAGGUUGUUCACAUGAACCUGGAAAGAAUAAGUCGAACUCUAGCUGGCGACUUUUGUACGACACCAACACGGUCUAUAGAUACUCCUACUCGAGCAAUUGAAGGACUCAACAAAGCCGUACGAGACUCGCCAGGCUUGUGGAAGUCUACGAUAGAUCCUGUCGAUUUCCCAGAAUUAGAAUCUUCGGCUUCAAAUUUUUUUGAAAUGACUCAGUUAUCAGAGCAAAUAGCCGCCACAGCCGACUCGAUGACGUCAGAGGGUGAUAUAGCAGAGCUUCUUGGUGUCGCAUCAGAGGCUGAGGAGAAAAUGAAGAAUGAAAGGGAGGCUGAACUCAAUAACCAUCUUGAUUAAACCCAAACUUCGUCGCAUUUCAAAGCCAUUUUCGUUCUGUUGUUCCCGCAGCAAGUUAAGGCCUGGUACCUUAGCAGAUGUAAUAGCAUAUUUCUUCUGGUGUACAUUGUGGGGAAUCUUUGUAGAUAAACAUCGUAUGUAAAUGUAUUCACCAGGUGUUAAAGGCAUUGAGUUCCUGUUGAAAGAUUUUUCCUACUUAUUCAGUAAGGAAAUUUUAGUCAACAAACUGAAAGGGAAAAUUUGGAAGGCAAUGAUUUUAAAAGAUCUAAACCCUGAAUAACUUUUGAAUGUUCAUUGUUUGAGAGUCCCUGUCUUGUUUAAAAUAAGGAAAUGUUUGCCCGGCGUCCUUGCACGGGGGUUCCCAUCCACUGUUAUACAGCUGCAAGAAAAUCAUUAAGAACGACUCAGUGUAUUUGUGUAUACCCUCGCCUUUCAUCAAGACUCAGUGUCUGUAACAUUCAUAGCCAUUUUAAGUGGAUGACACCAUACUUAAAAUAGUUACUUGUACAUGAAAUAGCAUAGAAAUUGACGGUUGUCACAAAAAGUCAUAUUUCACAGUCUGGGAGGUAGAUGUACAUACAGAUUUACCGGAAUCUAGUUGCUUGGCAACCAGAAUGUAAUUAGCCCUAGCAAUGUACAUAGACCUAGGACGAAUUUUAAAAGUAUGGGGAGGGGCACUUGUAGUCACAAUAGGGGCACCUCUGUACGCUGCAAGUUGGUAUUUAACCACUUUUUCUGAAAUUCGGGGGGAAACGUGCCCCUGGUUCCUACGUCUGUGGCAAUGUGAACUUUUGCGUAUUGGAAAAACGUAAAAGGACUAGAAAGUUGAAUUUUAAUCAUCAUCAUAUCGUUUUUAAACUCUUCAUAUAUUUAUGUUUUAUUUAAAGAGGAGCAGAGUAUCCUGCUUGUUAUUGUAGAUUUAUCUACCAAACUCUCCAGUUCCAUUUAAUCUCGUAUUUGUCUUAAAUAGUGCUCUGUUUCUAAUGCCAAUUGGCUUUUCAUAUGCCUAAAAUGCAAUUUCAAGCAGCCAAGGGCGUAUAUUUAGGAAUAUUAACGAUACAGCAUAUCAAAAAAAACAGAUCCAUUCAAAAGUUUAAUUCGAAAAAUGGUUUCCUACAUUGUUCGCGGACCCUCAACCCACAAAGAAAUGUGAACACUGUUAUUCAAUCAAAAGCUCCUGGAUAGUUCGAAAAUUUAUCUACUUAUCCUCUAUUUGAGAAAGCCUCUAUUUCGGACGUUCCCUCAAGCUAUGAUGGAAAUAGGUCACUUACCUAAGAGGGAUUUAGUCGCCAAAGAACUUACUUCACAUAAAGAGACAGCCCCCCUCUUUAAGUGAAUCCCCCCCCCCAAACAAGUAUCUUUUAACUGAAAGCAUUUGCUUUACGAGCCAGAAGGCGUCCUGCUUUGAUCCAUGAUUUAAAUCACAAAGAAACAUUUAGUUCACAAUUCUUUGUAAUAUGCUUUUAAGUUGCAUUUUUCGACUCUUGAGCUUCCUAUGGUUUUUCCUAGCAAAUUUUGUUCUUUUAUGUUACCUUUGUAGAGCAGUUGUUUCUUAAAGAUAUGCUGCCCACUUCGACAUUUCCAACAAACGAUGUAUAUAUUAAUCAACAGCGCUACUUGUCUUUGUGUUCUCUACCUUUUCAAGCCUAAAGAUCUUCAUACUAUGAUCAGAAUGAACAAGAAUUGAAUUUGGUUCUGGAAUCAAUGUAGUUUUUUGGAAAAAUGACCACUUUAUAGAACGGCCGUUUUUCGAUAAAAGUUAAAGCUAUAGGCUUAGGAA